AUGGGCUCCCUCCGUCACUCGGUUGACGUCGUCUCCUCUCCGUUUGACCUCGACAUAGCCCAGCGCUCAAGGGACUUUGAGACAGAGUAUUUGGAUAUGAUCAGGUCCAAACUCUCUGCAAGUCUCGUAUGCAAAACAUGGAAGGAAUACAUGGCACCGUUUCUCUGGGAGGUUGUCUGCCUCUGGCCCGGUACCCGGUUCCACAGUAUCGGCAGGCUUCUGAGCCGGGACAAAGUUGGUCACUAUAUACGUGUGCUACGCCUCCAAGGCUCUCAGCGUUGGACCGUUUUUGACCUUGCCAAUGUCCAACGCAUCCUCCAAUACUGCUCACGGCUCGAGUCGUUCAUCCUGCCCGAACCAUGGCACGCCCCCCGGGUUGACAAUCAACUUGACGCACAACUGGCCACCACCCUUCGAGAGGCUCACAUUUCCAUGCUCGACGAAGCCGGCAUUGCUCGAGUACUGGAGAAUCAAAAUCUGGCGAUACUCUACGCUCACACUCAGCAUGCGCCACCGUGCUCUCAGGCACCGGACGUCCUGCUUCCAGUCCUACAUACCUUGUCCAUACGGCUAAGCGACAUGUCUUCGCGUAAAAUCCUCGCGCCCUCCCUCCAGCGAUGGAUACUGCACGACCUGAUUGACGACGUCGAAUAUCAGCACCUCUUCGACUAUUACUCUCCGCUCCUACGUACUUUCGAGUCGUAUGGGUAUUGGUCAGACUAUCGGGUCAUUACAUCCAUUCUUGAGAAAAUGACCAAUCUGGUCGAGUUGGUCAUCCAACUCAACCCAAACGACCUCUCCGCCGUCCCUCAUCAACUCCCACCACAGCUUAAACGACUAGGGUUCACUUUAGGAGACACGGGCUACCCAUGGGUCCUCCGCGGAGACGAGGCGACUUUUGUCUGGUUCCGGGAUCACCUCGAGGACUGGAUGGCUCUAGCCAUUGCAAACGCGCACAUACUGCUGCUCAUCCGGUUUCUUGAUUGGGAUGUCAUCAAGCUUCCGCCCAAAAAGUUGCCUGUACGGAGAAAGUCGUACAAUCGCUGGUGGUUGACAUGCCUCAAGUCUGCUGCAAUGAAAGGGAUUGCGGUCCAAAACGAAAAAGGACAAACACUCGAAAUUGAGAGUGAUUGCUAG